AUGAGGCUACCGGUUGUUGGUUUAUAUGGUCGCCUCACAGCUCCGCAAUUGGGGAAUUUCAGACACUUUUCCCAGACGCAUUGGUGCAAUGGUCCAAAAGCUGUUAAAUUUCUAAAGGCUCAGAGAAAAAGACAGGUGAAUCAAGCCAAACAGCUGAAAUUAAAGACGUCUUUGGAUACUGUGGACCCUGUUUUCGGACGGAAUCAUACACCUUUUAUAGUGCGAACGAUGGCGGAAUUAAAAGAACCUAAGGUCUUGGCCAAAGGUUAUGGGGCUCAAGAGGUAGAAUCGCUUAUAGCAUCUGUUGAAGCAGCGAAAAUGGAGCAAAUGGAACUAGCUGGUUUCAACAACCAAUCCUUGACUUCCGAAAAUGACGAAACUGCUCUGCAAAAUCUGGAAUUGAAAAGAGAGUCGAUACUGAGAGUUCUGAGCAUGAGAAAUGCCGACAACAAAGAUUCAAUGAAAUUGGCAGUCCGCCAGGCAAGGGAAGAGUUUCAGAGGUUUGAAGGAGACACUGGCUCUAGUGAGGUACAAGCUGCGAUAAUGACAGUUCGUAUCCAAAACCUGGCGAAACAUGUCCAGGAAAACAAAAAUGAUCACAAGAAUACCAGAAUAUUGCGAAUGCUAGUGCAACAGAGACAGAACAUCUUGAGAUAUCUGAAACGUGACAAGCCUGAAAAAUACUUCUGGACAAUACAGAAGCUGGGACUCAGUGAUAACGCCGUUGUCAGCGAGUUUAACAUGGACAGGCGAUACAUGCAAGACUACAAAUUCUUUGGCGACCGCAUCCUAAUCAAGGACUCCAAGAGGGUAGCAGAUCAGAAACGGAGAGACCUCCGCAAGCAGAGAAGGUCUGCCAGAAGAGCACACAAUUGA